AUCCUUUAUAUAAUACCGCUUCAGAAAACCCUGGAACAGCAACUGAAAGAGGAGCAAAUCUCCCUCUCGCUCUCUCUGUGCCCGGCGCGAUCUUGCCGUAUUUCUUUUUUGCGGCGAUGUGAUACUGCUAGAAAUCCGGUUUUCCGGCCUAUUUUCUUCCCGUUAUCGUUUCCGAUCCAAAGAGUGGCGCACAUCUUUGGUCGGAUUCCGAUGGCAUCCGCCUGUGUGAAAAACAUCGGAAUGUCGCCGGAUGGUUUCCCGGCCUACCCUUCCUACGGCUGGCUCAGUCCUCGAAUCUCCUUGAGUCGCGAUCUCGUCGAUGACGGGUCGAAGAUUGCCGCAGAAAAGCCUCCAUCUCCAUCUAGAUCGUCGGUAAAUCCGCAGGAAAAGCCAGAUAUCCAGCCUUCUGGCAAGGAUCUGGUCGAUUUCGAGUUCCGGCUCGACGUUCCUGUGACAAUGCUUCCCGCCGACGAGCUCUUCUUCGACGGAAAGCUCGUCCCGUUGCAGCUCGCGUCCGUCCGCCUUGCCGCCGAUUCCGCGCCGUCCGAUGACGUCCGAUCGCCGGAAAGUACGGUAUCUGGACGUAGGGCCGGGAUCUCACGGACCGAUCCGUACGUUUUUUCUCCGAAGGCGCCUAGGUGCUCGAGUCGAUGGAAAGAGCUCCUCGGCUUGAAGAAGCUCCAAACCCCUGACGCUAACCCUAACCCUAAUAAGCCAGAUCUCCAGAAAUCGGCUUCGGUUCCGUCGAGAAACCCUAAUCCGAAGCCAGAUCUCAAGAAAUCCGCCUCCAUGCCGUCCAAAAACUCUAACACUAGAUCCUUAAAGCAUUUUCUUCACAGAAGCUCGAAAUGUCCUCCGAUCGAUUCAAAUCUUACCGUUCCUUUGUUGCGGGAUUCCGACUCGUCAACGGAGUCCGUCUCAAUUUCAUCCCGCCUUUCGCUUUCUCUUUCAUCAUCUGUCGCUGACCAGGACGAUCUUCCCCGCCUCUCCCUUCACUCCGACAAAUCCAACCCCAAGAAUCAUCCUAAAGUCAGGGUUUCGAGGCAAAGGGCUGUGUCCGAUCACACGGCGAGGAUCGGACGGAGCCCGUUGCGUCGACCCCGAGACUCCAACGUGGCCCCUGUCCGAGGCGUCUCUGUCGACAGCCCUCGGAUGAACUCUUCGGGGAAGAUUGUGUUCCAGAGCUUGGAGAGGAGCUCGAGCAGCCCAGGUAGCUUCAAUGGGGGCUCGAGGAAUACAAAGCAUAGGGGGAUAGAGAGAUCAUAUUCUUCGAAUGUGAGGGUCGUCACGCCGGUUCUGAACGUCCCCGUCUGUUCGCUCAGGGGAUCGGCGUUCGGACUAGGGCAGUUGUUUUCACCACAGAAGAGAGACGGCGCGAGAAGCCAUGGUAAAACGAGGAACGAUCGGAUUUGAUUGACGGUCUUGAUGACCAUAACGAUCGAGCUGGUAACAUUUCUUUUAACUGUUCUUUUCUCAUUGUUGGUUUUUUUUUUAAAUUUUCUGCGUACAUUGUAGUUGUAUAUAUGCGGCCUUGUUUUUGCUGAUCUAGGUUUUUUCCCGAUCGAAAUGGAAAUUGGGGGUGUCUUGGUGUAAUGAUCGUGUUUUGUUUUGGUUUUUUUGCUGGCAUAUGGUUUUGUUUUUCUUAGAAAUGAUGAGGGAAAUGAAAUGAGCCAGUUUCAUGCA